UCUUCAAAUACCCCCUGGGCCCUGGCGGCUAGUAUUUUAUUCUCUCUUAUUUGACCAAAAACAAAAAUACCAAUCCCCAAUUGAACCCAGGAUCCGUUUUAUCUCUUCUUAGGGUUUCAAUUUUGAUCAAUUCUUGAGGUAUACAUAUUCAAUCUCAGAUUCAUAAUUUUAGAAUACCCAUUUGGUUAUUCAAUUGAGUGUAUCAUUGUUGCGGUUGUAAUAUUUUUUGGACUGUUGAAGAGAUGAAGAUGUUGGAGUUAACUGAUUCGGACUCGUUUGCAUGUUUUGGGUCGGCAAAGAAUGUGUUUCCGCCGGGAUUUAGGUUUCAUCCGACAGACGAGGAACUUGUACUGUAUUACUUGAAGAAGAAGAUAUGUCGGAAGAGGAUUCUGCUGGAUGCCAUCGCUGAGACUGACGUGUACAAAUGGGAUCCUGAGGACUUGCCUGAUCUGUCUAAAUUAAAAACUGGGGACCGGCAGUGGUUCUUCUUUAGCCCCAGAGAUCGAAAGUAUCCUAAUGGAGCACGGUCAAACAGGGCAACAAAGCACGGGUAUUGGAAAGCUACGGGAAAGGAUCGAAUUAUUACGUGCAACUCACGUGCUGUUGGAGUUAAGAAGACCUUAGUCUUUUAUAAAGGCCGAGCACCAGUGGGCGAGCGGACAGACUGGGUGAUGCAUGAGUAUACUAUGGAUGAAGAAGAGCUGAAAAGGUGUCAGAAUGUCCAUGACUACUAUGCGCUUUACAAGGUCUUUAAGAAAAGUGGGCCUGGUCCUAAGAAUAAUGAGCAGUAUGGUGCACCUUUUAGAGAAGAGGACUGGGUCGAUGAUGAAUGUCCAAGUACCAAAGCCUCUGUCCGCCUGGUUGAUGAUGAACGCCCAAGUGCCAAAGCCUCUGUCCGCCUGGUUGAUGAUGAACGCCCAAGUGCCAAAGCCUCUGUCCGCCAAGACACUUCGGCAAAGCAUGUUAAUGAAGCUCCUUCUGUAGAUGGUGGACUUGAGGAGUUUUUGAAUAAUAUUGCAGCUGACGCUGUGUUCGUUGAGCCACUUUGUGUAGACUAUGAUUAUGCCCUAGAGCAGCUUGUACUUGAGGAAGAUACUGAAAGUACCUUGCUAGAUCAUUCGUCAGGGGAAAUUAAUUUUCCCAAUCAUAGUGCUGUGAUUUCCCCAAGCUGCCAGCAGUACCAUGCGAAGGAAAGCUUUGACCUGACACAGUCUGGCACAUCACAGCUACAGUUGCAUGAGGCACCAGAGGUCACAUCUGCUCCUGUUAGUCGUGAACAACAGUGCCAUGUGGUGGAAGAGGAUUUCCUUGAAGAUUAUCUGGAGAUGAAUGACCUUCUUGGUCCAGAGCCAAGCAUUCAGAACUUUGAUAACCCAGAGCUGGGUGUUAAAAACUUUGAUGAGGCCGGACCAAGUGGUCAAAACUUUGAUAAGCCUGCUGGAAACUUCGAGGAUUUGCAAUUCGAUUACUUGGAUGGGUUGACAGAAUUUGACUUGUAUCAUGACGCGCCCUUACUUCUUGAUGAUAUUAGAACAACUGAUGUGGGGCAAAUUACUGAACCAUACAUGAACAACUUUGUGAAUGGUGCCGUAAAUCCUGUUUCAACAACGUAUUUAAGCACUUUUCAGAAUGAAAUGGUGAAUCACCAGCCAAUGUACUUGAAUAAUGGAGAGCAGAUUAGCAAUCAACUGUGGACACAUGAUCAAAGGUUUAACAUCUAUAACCCCAUUGAGGCAAAUCAGUUGGUUGUUCCUCCAGCUACAUCAGGUGUUGUGUAUGAUAGUAAUUUGGCAAAUCAUCAUAUGGGCGCAAAUCAGAAUCAAAUAGUCAGACAGGAUAAUGGUACACCGUCAUGGUUCUCCUCUCAGUUGUGGGCCUUUGUGGAUUCUAUACCUACCACUCCUGCUGCAGCUGCUGAAAGUCCUCUUGUUAAUGGGGCCUUUAAGCGCAUGUCUAGCUUUAGUAAGUUGAGAAUAAAUGCCAGGAACAUGAAUGUUGUGGCAGGUAAUACUGUAACUUCAAGCAGUUUGGGCAACUCUAAGAAUGGGGUUUUUUAUUUUUCUUUUCUUGGAAUACUUUGUGCAAUCUUAUGUGUGUUAGUAGGAACAUAUGUUAAAGUCUUGGGGAGAUACAUAUCCUCUUAAAUAUGCAAAGAAUUUUGGUGUUCUUUCAUUUGCUA